AUGAGACGGCUCUGCCUCUCCGCAGCCCUUCUCUUCCUCCUGGUUAUCCUGGUGGACAGCAUCCCGGUGAAUAUACACCAUAUCCAGGAUGAAGGUCAGGUGAUGAUUUCUGGAAUACAAUUUGAUAACCAUAAACAAGAGGAACUGGCAACACUGGAGAUUGAAUACUCAACACUCAGUGAGGAGAUUAAAGGUGUGGAGACAAGCCAUAAACAGGGCCUUGAGAAGCGCUCAGUCCUACCUGUGGUUAAAGGCAUCCUCGGCGGUGUGCUUAAAGGUGCCAAGAUUUUCGGAAAGGGAGCCAGUAUACUAACAGGAUUGGCUGAAAUAGUCAACAAAGCACUUAAAGGUCAAGUAAUGAUUUCUGGGAUACAAUUCGAUAACCAUACGCCAGAGGAACUGCCAACACUCCAGAUUGAAUACUCAACACUCGGUGAGGAGAAUAAAGGUGUGGAGACAAGCCAUAAACAGGGCCUUGAGAAGCGUUCAGUAAAAAAAGUGAUUAAAAGUGUCCUCGGUGGUGUGAUUAAAGGUUCCAAGAUUGUCGGGAACGGAGCCACUAUACUAGGAGGACUGGCUAAAAUACUCAACAAAACACUUAAAGAUGAGGUGAUGAUUUCGAGCAUACAAUUCAAUAACUACACAGAAGAGGAAUUGCCAACACUCGAGAUUGAAUACUUACCACUCACUGAGGAGACUAAAGGUGUGGAGACAAGCCAUAAACAGGGCCUUGAGAAGCGCUCAGUACUACCUGUGUUAAAGGCAUCCUCGGCGGUGUGCUUAAAGGUGCCAAGAUUUUCGGAAAGGGAGCCAGUAUUAACAGGAUUGGCUGAAAUAGUCAACAAAGCACUUAAAGGUCAGGUGAAGAUUUCCGGGAUACAAUUCGAUAACCAUAUGCCGGAAGGAUUGCCAUCACUCCAGAUUGAAUACUCAACACUCAAUGAGGAGAAUAAAGGUGUGGAGACAAGCCAUAAACAGGGCCUUGAGAAGCGUUCAGUACUACCUGUGGUUAAAGGCAUCCUCGGCGGUGUGCUUAAAGGUACCAAGAUUUUCGCAAAGGGAGCCAGCAUACUAACAGGCUUGGCUGAAAUAGUCAAGAAAGCACUUAAAGGUCAGGUGAUGAUUUCCAGAAUACAAUUCGAUAACCACACACAAGAGGAAUUGCCAGCACUCCAGAUUGAAUACUUAAGCCUCAGUGAGGAGAGUAAAGGUAUGGAGACAAGCCAUAAACAGGGCCUUGAGAAGCGCUCAGUACUACCUGUGGUUAAAGGCAUCCUCGGCGGUGUGCUUAAAGGUGCCAAGAUUUUUGGAAAGGGAGCCAGUAUACUAACAGGAUUGGCUGAAAUAGUCAACAAAGCACUUAAAGGUCAGGUGAUGAUUUCCGGGAUACAAUUCGAUAACCAUACGCCAGAGGAAUUGCCAACCCUCCAGAUUGAAUACUCAACACUCAGUGAGGAGAAUAAAGGUGUGGAGACCAGCCAUAAACCAGGUCUUGAGAAGCGUUCAGUAAAAAAAGUGAUUAAAAGUGUCCUCAGUGGUGUGAUUAAAGGUUCCAAGAUUGUCGGAAAUGGAGCCACUAUACUAGGAGGACUGGCUAAAAUACUCAACAAAACACUUAAAGAUGAGGUGAUGAUUUCGAGCAUACAAUUCAAUAACUACACAGAAGAGGAAUUGCCAACACUCGAGAUUGAAUACUUACCACUCACUGAGGAGACUAAAGGUUUGGAGACAAGCCAUAAACAGGGCCUUGAGAAGCGCUCAGUCCUACCUGUGUUAAAGGCAUCCUCGGCGGUGUGCUUAAAGGUGCCAAGAUUUUCGGAAAGGGAGCCAGUAUUAACAGGAUUGGCUGAAAUAGUCAACAAAGCACUUAAAGGUCAGGUGAUGAUUGCCGGGAUACAAUUCAAUAACCAUACACCAGAGGAAUUGCCAACACUCCAGAUUGAAUACUCAACACUCAGUGAGGAGAAUAAAGGUGUGGAGACAAGCCAUAAACAGGGCCUUGAGAAGCGCUCAGUCCUACCUGUGGUUAAAGGCAUCCUCGGCGGUGUGCUUAAAGGUACCAAGAUUUUCGCAAAGGGAGCCAGCAUACUAACAGGCUUGGCUGAAAUAGUCAAGAAAGCACUUAAAGGUCAGGUGAUGAUUUCCGGAAUACAAUUCGAUAACCAUACACAAGAGGAAUUGCCAACACUCCAGAUUGAAUACUCAACACUCAGUGAAGAGAGUAAAGGUGUGGAGACAAGCCAUAAACGGGUACUUGAGAAGCGUUCAGUAGUACAUGUGGUCAAAAGUAUCCUCGGCGGUGUGAUUAAAGGUACCAAGAUUUUCGGAAAGGGAGCCAGUAUACUAACAGGAUUGGCUGAAAUAGUCAACAAAGCCCUUAAAGGUCAGGUGAUGAUUUCCGGAAUACAGUUUGAUAACCAUACGCAAGAGGAAUUUCCUACACUCAAUAUGGAAUACUCAACACUCAGUGAGGAGAUGAAAGUUUCACCAACUUCUAUGCCUGCCUUCUGCCUGGAGCCUAAAGUAACAGGUGGCUGCAAUACCAUGAUGACCAGGUACUUCUACAAUGCCCAGACCGGCCUCUGUGAGCAGUUUGUGUAUGGUGGCUGUGAAGGAAAUGCAAACAACUUUGAGAAGUUAGAGGACUGCAUGAAGACCUGCUCUCAAGAGGCUGGGUCCCUGUGAGGACAUGCGAAGAGUAGUCCCUGAAACUCUGAUGUUCGAGGAGGACUCCUGCAGGGCUGGGCUGUGUCUACAUCUGAACGUCUUCAGUCUCCUCACAGUCCUUCUCUCCCUGCCCUCCUCAGCAGAAUGUGCCUAUUUCCUUUCCUCUAUUGAUCAACACAUCUAAUUCUCUUUUAUCCAGGUGGCUCUCAUCACCAUGAGAGCAUGUCUUGCGUUUACCCCUAGCACUUCACACAGUUCCUGACACCAAUGAGGCUGUUUAUAAUUAUUUGAGUAAGGAAGGAGUAAGGUAGGAGCACAUUGCUCGGGACCACAUUAACUCAGAGCCUGCAGUGUAACACAGGA